AGCGGGAGUUCCGACCGGACGGGGCGGUGGGACGGCAGCGGCCAUCAUGGCGCUGCGCGCGGCUACGGGCCGCUGUCGGUGGCUCGCGCGCGCGCUGGCGGCGCCGGGUCCGGCCCGCGUCCCCCCGAUGCCGCCACUAUCACCGCCCGCCGCUGCUGCCGCAUCGGGCCUGCUCCGGGCCCGCGCCCGGUUCGCCAGCACCGCCGGGCAGGGUCCGGAGGGCGAGCGUCUUCAGCGGCGGGUGGUGGUGGUGAGGAUCACCAGCCCCUUCGCCUGGCUCCGCACCCGCUUCUAUUACCUCCUCAUCAGGCUUUACUUCGAUCAGGAGUUCAGCAUCGAAGAGUUCACGCGGGGAGCCAAGCAGGCCUUUUCUGUUGUUUCAAAGCUGCUGUCUCAGCGUAAACUUGAGCUGCUGGAUGAACUUGUAUCAGCAGAGGUACUUCAGGUGCUGAAGGAAAAGAUUUCUUUGCUCCCUGACAGCCACAGGGAUGCUUUAGCAGCUGACAUUGAUUCAAUCAUGUACACAACAGAAGGAGAUGUUCGCAUUUACUAUGAUGAUGAUGGAAGAAAGUUUGUUAGUAUCUUGAUGUGUUUCUGGUAUCUGAAUGGUGCUAACCUACCUGACAAAGUACCAGGUGAAACCAAAGUUUUCCAGAUUGUGUUUGGAGAUGAAAGUUCAAAAGAAAAAAAGCAUCUUUUAACAGCAAACUAUGAGUUCCAAAGGGAAUUUACAGAUGGAGCAAAACCAGAUUGGACAAUUACACGGAUUGAACAUCCAAGGCUAUUAGAAUAAAUGCCUUCUACAGUCUUUUUGUGUACCACUGUAGAUGUUAGGUCUCUCUUCCCCCACCCCCCCUUCCCAUCCGAAAGAGGGAUGAAUUUUGUAUGUUUCAUUUCCCCAAAUUGUUCCUGAAACUUAUUCUAUGCUGCAGCAUUACAAUAAAGCCUUUUCCCUGGA